AUGGGAUGGCCGGUACUGGGAGAGACCCUGCAAUAUGCAGCCUUGCGGAGGGCCAACAGAGGUUGUCACUUUCACGGGGAGAGAAGAAAACGAUACGGACCAGAGAUCUGCAAGACCCAUUUGCUCGGAUCCCCUGUGGCUAUCCUCCAUGGUUCUGCAGGCAUCCGAUUUCUCCAUUCCAACGAAAACAAACUCGUUCAAAGCACCUGGCCCUCCUCUAUCAUCUCUCUAUUCGGAAACUCCCUCUUUAGUAAAGUUGGGGACGAUGCCAAAGAUCUGAGGGCAACGUUGCUCACAUUUUUGAAGCCCGAGGCUCUGCAAAAAUUCGUGGGAACAGUUGAUUCCAUAGUUAAUGAGCAACUGAGUCGGGACUGGGUAGGAAAGCAACAAAUCAAAGCCUUUCCUCUCACGAAGCGUUGCUUGUUUUCCGUGGCUUGUGUUUUCUUUGUCAGCCUUGAGGAAGGAGCACUGCAGGAUGAGCUUUAUGCCCAUUUUCUUGACUUGCUCACCGGAAUGGUGAAGAUUCCUCUGAAUUUGCCGGGGACUCUGUACCGGAAAGCCAUUGUUGGCAGCGAGCAGAUCCGCCGGAUUCUUCAGACCUUGAUUGAGAAGAGAAGGAGGGAUCUGUCAAGCGGUUCGGCUUCCUCAGACCAGGAUCUUUUGUCUUUCUUGCUUUGUAAUAAAGAUGAGCGUGGGAAUACUAUGGCGGAAGGUGAUGUUAAGGAUAAUAUUAUGAUGCUUUUGAUAGCCGGGCAUGAGACCAGCGUGAUAACGGUGACGAUGCUUUUGAAAUUUCUGGCUCUCAAUCGAGACUGCUACCGUGAGGUCCUUCGAGAGCAAGUGGGUAUUGCCCGAGCGAAGGGAGAAAAGCAGCUGCAAUGGUGUGACCUUCAGAAAAUGAAGUAUACAUGGAGAGCUGCUCAGGAGACUCUUAGAAUCCUUCCUCCAUCGGAAGACAUGUGGCGCAAGGCCCUCGUAGACAUCUCCUAUGGUGGUUUCAUCGUCCCCAAAGGAUGGAAGUUGCUAUGGUCGACGAACUCAACUCAUAAAAAUGCAGAAUAUUUUGAGGAUCCUGAAAGGUUUGAUCCAUCAAGGUUCGAGGGGAAUGCCCCUGCUCCUUACACAUUUGUGCCAUUUGGAGGUGGGCCAAGAAUGUGCCCAGGGAAUGAAUUUGCACGCAUGGUAAUACUUGUUCUUAUUCACAACAUUGUUACUAAGUUUGAGUGGGAUUUAGUAGAUGUGAACGAGAAGGUGAGUGUUGAUCCAAUGCCUGCCCCGGUGGAUGGCUUGCCCAUCCGAAUCUAUUGCCACUCUCUUACUAGUUUAAUUGCUAUGUUGUAA